AUGCCUAUCGCGUCACCCGACCGAUUUGUGCCCUUCCGCGUACCGCUUGGGGACCGCUUCCGAUCCACCAAGCAAGUCCACGAGCUGUCACCUUCUGAACGGCUGUAUCGCACGGACGACGCGGCUUCUGACGUAUUUUGCUUCAUGCCAAAGCGGCCUACGCCGGUUUCGUCUCGGAAAGCAUCUCGAUCCGACGGUAACCAACGAGGUCUCGGCACAGUUCUCAGUUUGCACAGCCUUAGCUUAGAGCAGCGACAGGUCAGCAACGGUGCCGUCUGGUCGGUAGGAGGACUUGCCCCCGGCGGAAUUGACGACGGGCAAGGCCGCCGCGUGAGCUCCGGCACGAACGCCCGUCUCUAUGCUACGUCAUUUUCGAACGCGCGGCCAAAGUCGGAAGAAGACCAGGAAAAGCACGAGGGUCGGCUCGCUCUGGCGUUAAAAAUUGAUCGUGUUCAAAGAAUACUAGAUUUCGACGGAUAUUCAACGUUCCCAAGUUGCAAGCACAAGAAGAGGCCGUCUCUACGAGAAGCCAAGACGACAUGGACGGGAAGUGAGUGGAGCAACGACUGUCAUGUACCGAAAAUCCGCAAAGAAGAACGUUGUCUUCCCAAUGCACCUUUCAAGGUCCUGGACGCCCCAGGCCUGCGAGAUGACUUCUAUUGCUCAAUCAUGGCUUAUUCUCGAACGUGUAACACCUUAGCCGUAGGACUAGGCAAUCUGCUCUACGGAUGGUCAGAAUCCUCGGGCGUCACGCUACUAAACGCGGGACUCAAGGACGGGUCGUGGCUGACUUCGGUGGCGUUCUCUUCGGAACAGGGCGGUAAGUCGAUACUUGCAUUUGGUCGAUCGAGCGGGCUCCUCUCUUUGGUAUCGCUCUUCGAUAGUCUGCUCCCCCGCUUCGAGGCAUAUCACCCUGAACCGAUAGCUUGCCUCUCCUGGCGUCCGGCCGCCACGCCGCGACCGUCUCUGAGCAAGUGUAAUCCCGGUGUCCUAGUCAAGACGGAAGACCUUCUCGUGGGCGAUGACAUGGGCGACGAGGUGGCCCGGGAAAAUUGGCGCGGUGCCAUGACUUUGCUCGCUCGCAUUAAAGUCCAUUCUCAACAGAUAUGCGGCCUCGCGUGGUCCCUCGACGGUGAACAGUUCGCCACCGGGGGCAACGACAAUCUGUGCUGUCUCUUUAAUGUCGACUGCGUUACCGACGCAGCGCCUUGCCUAAGUCUCAGUUUCCCAAAGGUACCAUUGGUCAGUCUUCCUUAUGGCGGAAAGGGGCCUCUCUUACCAUAUGACGCGAAUGCGGGAGACGGUGCCUCGGUUUCGUCUCCGGUCGUCUUCGACUGUCCCAGUCCGCUAUCUGCCAUGAAAUACUUACCAGCCGGGUCGGAGAAGCACCGAUGGCGCCACGGAGCGGCUGUCAAAGCCAUCGCGUUCUGUCCGUGGCAUCAAGGGCUAAUAGCCACGGGCGGAGGAUCUAACGACAAAUGCAUCCACUUCUAUCACACGAAUUCGGGCGCCGCUCUCGCCACCAUCUCGGUAGCUGCGCAGGUGACGUCUCUCAUAUGGAGCACGACUCGCCGGGAGAUCGCGGCAACUUUCGGAUACGCGCAGCCCGACCACCCGUACCGCAUCGCCGUGUUCAGCUGGCCUGACUGCCGGCAGGUCGCCGCCGAGAGGCUGAAGAGUCGCACUGCGGAAGAGGGUUGCAUCAUCGUGGCGAGUAGCGAUGAAAGUGUGAAAUUCCACGAGGUCUGGGCGGCGGGUCGCAAAGCAACUACGUUUGGGAGCGGUGUCUUAGCUAGGAGCGACAUCUUGGAGAUGGGAGAGGGAAUUGACAAAGAGGGUGACGUGAUUCGGUGA